CGCGUGUCAAACCUGUGAAUGUGAAGUAGAAUCCUGUGCACGUUUUAGCUUCUUUGUGUCUUUUGGUGGCGAAAUUUGCGACGGUUCUACCUCCGGUUUACUCCCCAGUCUUCGCUUCUUCUUCAAUGGGAUGAUUUAUCAAGCCUCUUGAGGGCGCUAGCAUAUUUCGAAACUAGUUCAAGUUCCGCGUGAAGUUUAACUCCAAAGUAGCUGUAAAUUCACGAAAAUGUGAUUAAACUACAGAGACAGUCCACGAAUAUAGGGGGAAACAUGCCGAGAGACGAGAGCCUCCAGGCCAUCGACAGAGACUUGAAAGAAGUGGUUGAAUUUUGCGUUUCUUCGGGCUUCAGCCCGGAGCAAAUUGCCAAAAAUGCGAAACCGCUGCUUUCCGCUGUCCAGAAACACGAAGAUCUAUCCAGCUUCCGAUUAUGGACGAAGAGGGCUGUCAUUGUAACGAUGGCUGUCACUGUUGUAGCGUUUUUGUUGCAGAAUACCUGGACCUUCAGGUGGCUGUGCGUGGCUGGGAAGAGUUUCCAAGUGAAGGUUCUGCCAUACUGGGACUGGACAAAUCUGUACCAUGAGGAAUGUGUCAUUCGCAACCCAUACAUGGUUGCUGCAACACUAACAGAAGAAGAUUGUGAGAUGUGCGAGGGGUACCUGAAAGUUGAUGUUGUGCACAACAUCAGCAUGGAUGAAGUCACCCAAGACUACCUGUUUGACAACACGCCAUUCAUCGUGACAGACGCCACCCAAAACUGGAGAGCGUUCAAAGAAUUCAACGUUGACUCUUUGAAAACGCUGUACACAACAAACGAGAUCCUCAGGUCACAUGACGUCUGCGAAUACAAAGACAGCAGAAAGCAAAGACUGGCGGAGAUUUUGAGCAGCAAGGAUCGUUCCUUUCAUACAAAAUGGGUGAAUUGUAAGCUACCAGCCAUCAAGGUUUUUCGCAGUUUUUACCAUCGGCCGUACUUCCUCCCGCCGAUGGUAGAAUCAGCCCUGGAGAACUUUGUUGCUUUCUCAUCUGGUCGGACAGAAUCGCCAGAGGACAAUCAGUUCUUGGAGUACUAUACCAACGAGGAUUUGACCUGGUUUGCUCAGAUCCGAGGCAGCUACCUGAUUCAGCUGAGAGCCAAGGUGCCUUGCGACACAAUCUGUGAAACAUUAGAAGUCACUCUUCAAGAAGGACAGACACUUGUACUUACCAAUGAGAUGUGGGAGUUCUGGUUUGCGCCGGCUGACAAGUCUCCAGCGAUUGCCUUUGGGUCUAUGGGAAACUGGGACAGUUAAACUGACAUAAACAUU